GUUUGGAUUUAAUUUUGUAAACAAAUUGGAUAAAAUGAGCGGCUCAAAGGCUAAAAAACACAGCAAGGGCGACCAAAUACCCAAGCCCAUUAGCAUAAAGAAGGAAAAGUUGGAGGAGGACCGCACGCUGCACCCGAUUUCCCACUAUAUAGACGACCGUCUGGAGCUGGUGAAGCAGAUUUUCGGGACCCUAAAACCGAAAACUAUUAUGAACCUGGCACCGGAGUUUCUAAAGAAAACCCCACUGGACGAAAUUGAGGAACUCUGUUUGGAGGAGCUCCUCUGCUUGUCCACGAAGCGCCUGAAAUCCAUUAUAGAAGGUACCAAAUGUCCCACAGACACCGAGAGCUCCGAAGAUUCGGAUGUGGAGCAGAAAGAGGAACACAUUUCUCUGGAGGAGAUUUCCUCGGACAGCGACAUCGGAGGCCAGGAGACCCGAAGAAACAAGAAGAAACUAAGAGCCAAGAAAACAAACAAUGGGAAUGAGAACAACAAGGAGUCGGGCGGUCAGAUGAGCGUGCUGGAACUGCUGGAGCUUCAGGCACGAGCCCGGGCUAUUCGCUCUCAGCUAGCCAUGGAGCCAAUCACCAAGAUAGAGGUCAAGUCGGAUGAUGAUGACGAGAUCCCAGCAGAGAAAGUUCAGCGAAAAGAAAAGGAAAAGCGUAGCACGAAAAACAAGGAGUCAAGCACCCGUAAAACUCAAGAGAGUAAAGAAGUUAAUAAAAGCAAAGAACAGCCAGCACCCCGAAAGAAAAUCAAGAUCAAGAGAAACUAUCGACAGAGCUCAAAGUCACCAGAAAAGGAAGUGCCAGCUCCAGCUUCUGAUCCUCCUCCUCCUCCUCCAACCGAAACUUUAGUUGCAAAUAAGGAUUCCACCAAGCCUUCCCGUUCCAAAUCGCGUUCUGCUUCACCAGAUGUGAUCCCCAUACAAACAGAGCCGGAAACAUUGCUGAUCAGCGACAGCACAGAUGAUGAGGGCACUAAGCCGAAGUCGAAGGAAAUCGUUGAGCCUGCUGUAGUGGAGCCACCAGCACCUGUCGUAGAAAGCGAGCCGGAGGAAGGAGAAGUUCGCGAUGAACCCGAAGAGCCCGCCAAACCAGAAGAGCCCGCCAAGCCAGAUGAGCCGGCCAAAACGGAAGAAGAUCCUGCCAAUAUUGAAGCACCCAAUAAACCAGAAGAUGCGGAAAAGCCUGAAGAGGUAGAGAAAACAGCGCCCAAGGAACAGCCUUCGGCAGAAGCACCCUUAGAUGAUCAUAAUGCUCUUGCACAAGCAAAGGAACCCACUGCACCCGAACCCGCUCCCUUAGAUGACGAAGAUCAAAACGAUGAUGUCAUUUCAAUAGGCGGUGAUCUUGAAAUGAUUGAGGAAAUGACCAAGGAAGACGAGCCACCACCAGUGGUAGUUAAGAACGAAAAAAAUGAGAAGCGUCCCGAUCCUGAGGAAAUGGACAACGAUGUUAUUUCUCUGGACACAAGCGAAGAUGAACACGACAAAUUAGAACAGACAAGCUCCGAGUCCUGGCGCACACGAUACAUGAAGAGUUCAAAGGUUAGCCAGGUGCUGGCUGAGUCGCGACUGGGAAAACGCGUACGCGAUAAACUGAAGAAAUCGAAGCGUAGUAAAGUCGUGGCCAGUGAUGAGCAGACCAAGGCUGAAAAGCCGGUCUCCUUCACUUCCAAGCAUGAGGAUGGCUCCAUUGAGCAAUACCAGGAGCUGCUGCAGCACCGACAACGAAAAACUUCAAGCAGCAGCAAGGGCGAUAAAUAAACCCACUCGCUGAGUUGGAUUGGGAUUUUUAUUGAAAAGUCGCGUACUGACGCACAAUCCUGGUUUAUAUGGCAUAUAAAAAGUCAAAUAAAAAUCCGUUGUCCUCGGGGGCGGCAGAACACGUAAAAUUU